AUGCAAGACACAAUAGAAGCACUGCCCAACAAGAUCACGCAAAUGUCCAGUAUGACACCCAUAGCAGUAACUUUAGCCAUCCAUGCAGUAGCUUUCAUUCUGAAGGACCAUGCUGCCUGUGAACUAGUGGAAUCUGCAGCCAAGCAAAUCACGGAAAUAGUAGCUCAACAAAUCUCGGAUACUGCAGCUAAGCAAAUCUCGGACUCCCUUUCCUCACGCCUAGUGGAUCACAUAGUAGCAGCCAUCUCUUCACAAGUGGCACUCAUUCACACAGCAUCUCAAGCCCUAGUGGAAUCACUAGAGGAGGCCAAGAAUCUACAUGCCACAAUCAGCCAAGAGAGAGAUGAGAAGGAAGAUAAUGUCAAAACUACAGUGGACCGAAUCAAAGAGGCAGCAGAUGCCUUAUACUCUUCUGUCAAAAAUUGCCAGACUACCAUGCAAUUGCUGACCCCUUCCCUAGAUACUAUGCAGACCAAGAUUGACUCUCUAUUUGCCAAGAUCUCAGAUACAUCCUCCCAGCAAAUCACAAUGUCCCAACCCACCUACAGCACAGUAGUGGCCGCCCACCUGCCACCAACAGUAGACAAAGCUGUAGGAAGAGCAGCCAUCAGAGCACACAAGAUACUAUUAGACCCAUCACCAGCAAGCAAACUCAAAGAGAUGUUGGCCAAGGUACCACCAAAUCUGUCAGGACCCUAUGCAAUGGAGAUAUUGUAG